CCAUUGAAAAUAAUAAUAAGAAGAAGAAGAAAGAAAAUCCUAACUGGGUCAAAAACCUCAAAAUUUUCUCUUCUUAAGUCGUAUUCCCAACGGAUUCCUUCCCCAAACAAAAUUUCCCAUCAGAAUCAAUGGCAACAACCAAGAGCUCUGAAGAAGCUACAUUUCCCACCAAACGCAAGGUCCAAGACCACGACAAUUCCCCACGGAAAGCCCCCAAAAUUGUGCCUCAGGACGAAAUUGAGGACAACGAAGAAAAUCAGACGAGCAACCACAACAAUUUGGGAACUCCCGUUGCCGAAUAUAAAACCGGCGACCAAGAACCUGAGGUUGAUGCUGAGGAAGACGAAGAUGGUGACUACGAGGAGGAGGAUGAAGACGAUGAUGAGGGAGAUGCUCAAGUGGACAGAAAAGGGAAGGGGAUUUUGAUAGAAGAGGAGGACGACGACGACGACGAGGAUGAUGACGAUGAUUCGAGUGAUGGCGAGGACGAUGAAUCAGAUGGUGAGAGCGAUUUGUCCGACGAUCCGUUGGCUGAGUUGAUUUGGACAAUAUUUUACCGUCCAGGACAAGGAGGCUGGUUGUGCAGCCCGGAGUUCACAGCAGCGACAGAUGAAGAAUGUAGUUGGAAAGCAUUUUGGAGUUCAAUUUGGAGGUUAGUAAUAUCAGGAAAUUGUUCUAAUUUUAUUGCUUGCUUCAGAUAUUCGAGUUUAAGUAUAUCCUAGAAUGUUGGUAGUAAAAUAUAAAUUUAAAAUUUUUUA